GAUCCUCUCAUGUCACUGCUGGUGAAUACAUGCAUCUCCCGGGGCUCAUGCCUAAGUGUGCUUAAACCCAGAGGUGAAAAGAGAUAUUCUCAAAAAUAGGCCUCUCCCCUUUAAAUUCCACAUUAAAACAGAGAUUUGAAUUUUCCAGCUUCCCAAGUGUAAGGUAAUGGAGAACAUGUGUAUGGCAUCACUACAGUGGCUCUGCUGCACCUCUGUGCCUUGUCAUCAGCACUGGACAAUCCCAACAGCCACAACUGAUGGCCCCAAAAGAGAGAAAAGGAACCCAAAAUGUCCCCCAGUGCAAGAGGAGGCAGCUGAUGACUGCAAAGGGCCGUGACAGAGCCACACGGUGCAAGAGCAAAGUGCUGCUGCUCCCUGCUUCUUUCACACUAAAACACAACAAACACGUCAAGAUUCCACAUGGUCCAUGUGCAUGAACACCUCCCUAACCCAGAGCUGCUCCUGGGUGGGAAAAUGCAGCACAUUCUGCUGCCAGCUCCCACCAAAGGGCCCCGGCCGGCAGAGCUGGGCAUCUGCAUUGACUUCUCAGCACCUUCAUCAGCUCUGCGGGGCUUUGGGAGCAGCUUCGCCAUGGGCUGUGACCCAAAGGACAAGGCAGGUGGGAAGGGAUGGCUGGAGAGCUCAGGGCAUGGCCAGAACCAGCUGCUCUGCCGGCACUCGUUGGGUGGAGAUAGAAAAUGUUGGUGCUUCGGAAGCGCUGAGUUCCGGGACAGCUGUUUACUUCCAGCCCACGUCACCAGACACGGGAAACACGAAACUCAGUCAGAUGGUUGUGAAAGGUUGUGCAACCUUAUCUCGGGUGUCCCCUGAGACCUGGGACUCCUCAUACCAGGAAGCGAGCUGCUUUAAACAAGGAAAGCACGAGGCUCUCGAGCAGCUGGAGACUCCCUGGCACUGAGAAGCUGAAACUGGGAUGUAGCACGCUGUGCCAGCACAUCACCCAUCUCCCCCUGACCCUGGGAGCCUCAGUGGUGCCCUGUGAGCUCAACCUGCCUGACCUGCUGUGGGACACGUCCCUGCAGAGCUCCACCAUCCAGCCAUGCUGCACUUCCUCUGGAACAGCAUCUCCGUCCAGACAUUCCUCAUCUUUCUCUUCAUCUUCCUGCUCAUCGCAGACUACAUGAAGAACAGAAAUCCAAAGAAUUUCCCUCCCACCCCCUUCCGCCUGCCCUUUUUGGGGCACAUCUACCUCUUAGACUUCAAAGAUCCUUCGAUCACAGUGCAGAAGCUAAGUAAAAGAUACGGUGACAUCUUCGGCAUGCACAUGGGCACCAUGAAGUUUGUGAUGGUGAAUGGGAUGCGGCUGGUGAAGGAAGUGCUGGUCAACCAAGGGGACAAGUUCAUGGACCGCCCUGACAUUCCCAUCGACGAGGAGAUCUUCAGCAAGAUCGGACUGAUCUCCUCCACUGGGCACGUGUGGAAGGCACAGAGGAGGUUCACCCUGACCACGCUCCGGAACUUCGGUCUGGGGAAGAGAAGCCUGGAGGAGCGCAUCCAGGAGGAGUGCCGAUACCUCGUGGAUGUGUUUAGGGAUGAACAGGGGAAUCCUUUCGACCCUCAGCUUAAUGUCACCAAUGCUGUUGCAAAUGUCAUCUGCUCCCUCAUCUUUGGCAAUCGGUUUGAGUACCACGAUGAGGAUUUCCAAAGACUGCUGAAGCUGAUGAAUGAAAUGACUGCCCUCCAUGGAGCUGUCACAAGCCAGCUGUACAACAGUUUCCCAUCUAUAAUGAAGUACUUACCUGGAGCCCACCAAACCAUUUUUAAACACUGGAGGUUAUUGAAAAAAUUUAUGCAAGAGCAGAUCAACAAACACAAGGAGGACUGGAACCCCUCAGAGAUCCGGGACUACAUUGACAGCUACCUGCUGGAGAUCUCCAAGGACCAUGACAGUGACACCUUCCAGGAGGAAGGCCUCAUAGCCUGUUCACUCGACCUGAUGUUUGCUGGGACGGAGACCACGUCCUCAACCCUCCGCUGGGCUUUGCUCUUUAUGGCCACACACCCAGAAAUUCAAGCCCGGGUGCAAGCUGAGAUCGAUGCAGUCAUCGGCCAGGCACGGCCACCAGCCCUGGAGGACAGGAACAACCUGCACUACACCAACGCUGUCAUCCACGAGGUGCAGAGGAAAGGCAACGUUAUCCCUUUCAACGUGCCAAGAAUGGCAUCACAGGACACCUACGUGGAUGGCUACUACAUCCCAAAGGGCACUGGUGUAAUGGCAAAUUUAUCCUCUCUGCUGUUUGACGAGAAUGAGUGGAAAACCCCUAAAAGUUUUAACCCCGAGCAUUUUCUGAAGGAUGGGAAGUUCUGGAAAAACGAGUAUUUUCUACCAUUUUCUAUGGGGAAGCGUGCCUGCCUGGGCGAGCUGCUGGCCCGUUCCGAGCUCUUCCUCUUCUUCACCUCCCUGCUCCAGAAAUUCACCUUCAAGGCACCCCCCGACACCACGCUCAGCCUCCAGCCCUUUAUAGGCAUCACACUGGCCCCACAGCCCUACAAGAUCUGCGCUGUGCCUCGGUAGAGGAGCCUUGGCCACCAUCCUCACAUGAAAAAUCCUUUGUCAGGGGUGCUGAAAACAAGCCCUUGACAGCUUUAGGGGGAUGCUGGGUGGUUUAUUUCUUUCAAAGCAAUUGUAAAAUUGUUUUUUUUCACAAUUAGACCUUGCACUCUGUAUCCCAUGAUGGUGUGAUCAUGGGAUCAGCCCGGGAGCUUCCAGGGCAUUAUUAGGCUUGCCCUAUGGCACUGUAAACUAAUGAGGGGCUUGGGGAUUUCCUAAUUUUGUGAUGGAUGGCCGUGGUUCACCUUGGCAAAAUGAGGGACACUUUAGAGACUGCACUGUUGAGCCACCCACUGUGGCUGGGUACAGUGGGAGAGCAAUGGGAGAGCAAUACCAGCCUUUGUUUUACAACAUUAACACAAGCAUUAAUUUGAUAUUUCCUUAAUAUGUACUUAUCUAAAAAAAAGUCACUCUAUAACACUGGUUACAUAAUAAAUCAUUAUCAAUACACACAUAAUAAAUACAUAAUAAAUCUUUAUCAAAGCAUUUGUGUCAUGAAGUGUUCUGCAAAGUGAAGACCAAUGCAGGCCAAGUCCAGCAGGGGCUGCAGGCUUUGGCCAUGCCCUGUGUCUCUGGCCCUGCACUGCAGGAGGUUGGCACUGUAAAAACAAAGGCAAUUCCUACAGAAGUGAUGGAAAGAACGAUCUUGGCAGCACAGCUAGAGCUACAAUAUACAAAAUCCUCUCUGUUUACCUGCCCAGCAUCACAGAGUGGCUGGUGUGUCCGAGGGCAGUGGGGUGAGCUCCAGCAACACACGAUGCAGUUCAGCUGCACUCAACAGUCUGAGGAGGAAAAGGGUGCCUUGAGAAAUAACAGCAACAAAUUACUGUUUUGAACCAUCAUCUACACAGUGAAACAGUCCCAGGAUUGGCAACCAAUGGUUAGCACCAGUAAAUGCACUGAACUGGGAAACAGCUGCACUCCAAGGAGCCUGCUGAGACCUCCAAGCAGAAGCUGCAGCUCCCAGGAACAGGAUGGGGAAUCAGAAAAUCAGCACAGCACCAGGAACACACACCUCCAGCUCCUGCUCUCCUGCUGAGGAAAUGAGCAGAGAGCAAUCUUUUCCUCUUUUCAAUUUUCCCUGGAGUACAGCUUACCUCUUCCUAGAGGAAGUGAAUUUCUCCCAGGUGAACACAGCUUCUGGCACAGCUCCUUCAGCACUGCCUGGGUGGGGGUUCUGCCACUUCCUCUGAUUUUCUGUGCCAGUGGAAACAAGAGUUUGGGCUGAGAUACUGCUCCAGGUACUUGAGGCUGUUUCACAGACCCGGUAAGGUGGAGAAAUGAGGACACAUGGUGGGACACAAACCAGUCCAUUUAUUAAAUGCAGACUUGUCUCAUGCCAAUCCCAUGGAGAACCUGGUCUGUCCUGAAACAGGGUAUUUGAGGUGGUGUAAAAGUAUCAACAUGUAGCACCAGGUUGUGCAUUGCCCAGAAACACCAGCUCGGGACCAUUAAAUACAUGGCUUGGAAUGAAGACACCAAAGAAUUCAUUUUAAAAAUCUUUAUGUGAAUAUAAAAGGAUUUUUUUCCAAAGAAAAAAAUAAAACCAAAAGUUUAAAAAUUAGUGCAAUUUUUCGAGUUCUAUGCAACACAGUGUUUACAUUUGUUUUAAACAGAAGAUGUAGACACCGAUACACCAAAAACCUUAACUCCAGCUUUAGGGGAAGGGGAAAAUGAAAUAAGUAAGAAAAUUAUUGUACUAGACAUUACCAACUCCUAAACAAUUAUUUUCAUUUUCUAAUUUCUAAACUAUUUAUGGCUACCUAAAUAGAACAUCAGUAUUGCUUAUAUUACUUAUUUC